UUAUGUUUGCGGCGGCUGGUGGGCGGGGAGGAGCGUGUGUGUGUGCUGCUGAGGCCUGACACGGGGAGGAUUGCACCGCCGGGCCUUUCCUGCACCAACCCUGCCCAUGAAGAGCCCGUCCCUUGGUGGCGGAGCGUAGUUCGGGGCGGCUUGUGAGGACACGCGCACUGACACCGCCGCCUCUUGAUUGCCGAGGAAGAUUGCCCCGCCAGUCCUUUCCUGUACCAUACAUGUCCCUCGGCGGCAGAGCGUAGUUCGCGGCGGCUUGUGAGGGCAACGCCGCCCGUUGGUUGCCGAGGCCAAGUGCAAGAUUGCACCACCAGGCCUUUCCUAUACUAACCCUGUCCAUGAAGAGCCCGUCCCGUGGCCUCAGAGCAUAGUUUGGGGCGACUUCUGAGGACAGGCGCACUGACACCGCCGCCUGUUGAUUGCCGUGGAAGGUUGCACCGCCAGCCCUUUCCUGCACCAUACCUGUCCAUGAAGAACCCGUCCCUUGGUGGCAGAGCUUGUGAGGACACUGCUGUUGAUUGCCGAGGAAGAUUGCACCGUCAGCCCUCUCCUAUACCGACCCUGCCAGUGAAGAACCCGUCCCUUGGUAGCAGUGCGUAGUUAGGGGCACCUUGUCAGGACUUGCACAUUGACACCACCACCUGUUGAUUGCCCAUGCCAGGUGGAAGAUUGGAUUGCCAGGCCUUUCCUAUACUAACCCUGAAAAUAAAGAACCCGUCCCUUGGUGGCAGAGCGUAGUUCAGGGCAGCCAGUGAGGACACAUGCACUAACGCCACUGCCUGUUGAUUGCUGAGGCCAGCACCUCCCAGUGGCCAGAAUGAGCAGCCACACCACACAGCACAGAGGCCACCAAUAUUAUAGUGGUGACACAGGCGUGAAGUGUGCGCCGCCCGUGUUCGGGGGAGAGAAAAGCUAUGUAAGGUGGAGGACAGAACUAGAGGCCUGGCUGCUGGUGACCAAUGUUGACAAGAAGAAACAAGCCAUCACUGUUGCCCUGUCGUUCCCGGAGGGCAGUGAAGUGAGGGACAGAAUUUUUGGCGAAGUGGAAAUGAAUGACUUGAAUAGUGAGGAUGGUAUGGCCAAGCUUCUGGAGUACCUGGACAAAUGGUACAAAAAAGAUAAAUUAACUGGUGCCUAUGACUCGUGGGCUGAUUUUGAUUCUUUUCGGAAGGGUGACAACACCAAAAUGGAGUCGUAUAUUUCUGAAUUUGAAAAGAGGCACAAGAAAUUACUAGAAUAUGGGAUAGUCUUACCAAACAGUGUUUUAGCCUUCAAACUCCUUGAUGGUGCUAGGCUGUCACAAGGAGUCAAACAGCAGACUGUAGAUACACUGGAUUUCAACAAGCCAGAUGCAAUGUUCCAACAAGUGGUGGCUGUGCUGAAAAAAGUCCUUGAAAACAAGCCUGUAGCAUCAUCAGGUAACAUGCCUGUAGCAUCAUCAGGUAACAUGCCUGUAGCAUCAUCAGGUAACAUGCCUGUAGCAUCAUCAGGUAACAUGCCUGUAGCAUCAUCAGGUAACAUGCCUGUAGCAUCAUCAGGUAACAAGCCUGUAGCAUCAUCAGGUAACAUGCCUGUAGCAUUAUCAGGUAACAUACCUGUAGCAUCAUCAGGUAACAUGCCUGUAGCAUUAUCAGGUAACAUACCUGUAGCAUCAUCAGGUAACAUGCCUGUAGCAUCAUCAGGUAACAAGCCUGUAGCAUCAUCAGGUAACAAGCCUGUAGCAUCAUCAAGUAACAUGCCUGUAGCAUUAUCAGGUAACAUACCUGUUGCAUCAUCAGGUAACAAGCCUGUAGCAUCAUCAGGUAACAUGCCUGUAGCAUCAUCAGGUAACAAGCCUGUAGCAUCAUCAGGUAAAAAGCCUGUAGCACCAUCAGGUGGAGCUCAAAGUUAUUCAUCAGCAAAUCCUGGCAUCACCAUCAAGAGUGAGCCUUUGUAUGGUGCUAACGAGAUGAACCACAUAGGCCAUUGGACGAAUGAAAGAAAUGAAGGAGGCAACAGUGUCCAGAGAGCAAAUAAAAAUGCCUUGAAUGGAAGAGGACCACAAAGGAAUAACCCGGGAGACUCAAGUCGUAACACUGCAAAGGGUUAUGUCAUCACAAACUCCAUGGUGCCGCCACAGCCUCAGAUGCAGUAUAUGUGUCACCCAGUGGUGCUUCAGGUGAACAACUUGGUGGUGCAACUCACACUCAAACCCAACAGAUUUGAACAGAUUGCCCGGCAGUUGACUGCUGUAUUCUCAUGGCAAGUUCAAGACACAUUCCUCAUGAGAGAACUUAUUGCUGUCAUAUUUGAGCAGGGUGUGGGUGAGGUGAACUUCAGAUACAAUGGUGCCAGACUGUGCCAACACCUGGGCAAGAAUGUGACUCAGGCAUACAAUGGCCCCACCUUCAGGAGCUUGCUACUACAAAGGUGUCAAGAGGAGUUUGAGGUGAGGGAGAUGUACUUACACAAUGAGCCCGAGAGAGUGUGCGGCUACACGUUAUUCUUAGCAGAACUCUUCACACAGUUGGUCACAGUCAACGGGCGGCCCUACGAUAUACUGCGGGGUGCCCUCUGUCACCUCCUCACCACACUGCUCUCUCAACCCACAGAUGCCAACCUGAAGUGUGUCGCUCAAGUUCUAAAGUGCACAGGCAACACCCUGGACUGCACCAACCGCAGUGAGAUGGACCAGGUGAUGUGCAGCCUCAAGGAUGUGGCGAUGACAGCACCCGUCGCCUCCAAUACCCGCUCCCUUCUCCUGGCUGUCAUAGAGUUGCGGGCCUCCAACUGGGGCUGUGGUCCUCCCUCACCUAAGGAGUCGCCAGCCAGCACACCAACACACACCAACAUUCCUCUUGGUACUGUGUAUUACGGGCCGGGUGGCAUCAUCCAGAGGGUAGAGGAUGACCCAGAGGACUCAGCCAGCGACACAGAUGACUUCAUCAACUAUGGAUGGUCGCCAGCUGUGGAGGAGCUGGAGGGAGACGUAGCAGAGGCUUUUGAGGAAUUCCUCCGUCUCCAGCAAUGAGGCCUUGGACACAAAGCCUUGUCUUAGUGUGGUGGUGUUGUUAGAAAGAGAUUAAGGAGCCGUAGGAGAUUGUGAGCUGUAGAGAUCUAAUUCCUUCAGUCUGUCGGUAAUUUUGUCAUUUGUCACAAUGUAGAGAAGAGGCCAUGCUGUCCUGGUGAGAGGAGCCUUAUUCUAUGCCUCUGCCAGCCCUGGGAGAAGGUUUAGGCUGGUGACAACAAUCCAUAUUCUGUCUGUAAGAUCUUUUAUCAUAGGUAAAACUUUUGUGGUGCGUCUGUCUUGUAAAUACUACUGGAUUCCUUUACCUAUAGAGAGUGUUCAUGCAAAGCUUUUUCUGUGGUUUAGUCCGAACUUGUUACAUGGGAGAAAUCUCUUUAUGCCUUCUAAGAAAGUUAUACUUAUAGGACUUGAACUAAAUGUUUUGAGGAACUGGACAUUUGCUUUUAUCGGUUGCUUUUUUUCUGACUUUGGAUUUUUGUAAAGGGAAAAUAAUCUGGUCAAAUGUUGUCAGUAGUGUGGCAUUUACCUUUCUACAAGCAGACUCAUUUUCUUUGUGUCCAGAGUUCUUCAUUUCCCUCACUCAGUAUAGAAAGUAGGGUUAGGAAGGUGAAAGUGAAGGUAACCCUUCCUCCGCAUCUUCAGCGAGGACUGAGCACAAGAGAAAAAUGGAAGAAGUUUUUGCUGGUGAGUGUUAAGCGCAUCUUUCAUGAAAAUCUCUUGCAUAAGCUGUUAACAUUUGCUUUGACCCUUGUGGUGUAUUAUGUGGAGGUUUACUUAUUUAUUUAUUUAUUUUGCUUCCAACCAAGGUCCAGAUAAUAAUAUUAGCCAUCAGAUCAGCAUUCAUAGCCACGCUCGAGAUUUUUUAUAGACCUUUACGAAAAUUGCCAAACAGUUUUCGCUGACACGUACCUAAGUUUUCAUUGACACAAAAAGGAAAAUGCUUUCUGUUACGAAUUCUCAAGACUGCAUUUUUAAUCUGUAUAUGUAAUAUUUAAUAGUUCAGUAUUAUUCUGUCUUUUAUGUGACUGACAUUUGGUAACCUUUUUUGUUAAGUGUUGAAAUGUGAAGCAUACAAUUAUUAAUGAUGGUUAUUUAUCUUCACUAAUAAAUAUAAAAUAAG